UUUCAGUGUGGGAACUUUGCUGUUUUGGUGGAUGUUCAUAUUUUGCCUCAAGGCUCCAGUAAAGACACCAGCUGGUUUUCAGAUCAUGAGAAAGAGGAGGUCUGCAUGCUGCUAGAAGAAGUUGUUGCUUCGAGGGUCAAGCACUACUUGGAAGCGCCUAAACAACGUGGUCAAUGGAAAUCAGUGGAACACGGUCCUUUGUUUCUCACCGCCAACAGUUUUCACAUUACUGCCUACUUUAUGAAGAGAUGGGUUAAUCUCCGUUGUGCUGUAGAAAAAAAAAAACAUUAUUGUGAACUACGUGUGUUUCCAGACAGAUUUAUAGUUUUUGUCAGUAAACUGGAAUCUGAUCUAAGUGCUUGGACAUGUGAAAAUGGUGUAUUGAAAGAAGAACUUUCCAGUGGGACGUCUGAAUAUUUUACUGAGUCUGCUGAGAACGGGAAGCUUAAGAUUAGUCUGAACGAACAGAUAAAGCAAGACAUCUUGAAAGAAAUCGUGAAAAGGACAAAACCAAGGAAAAGUAGCACAAGCAAACCUCAGAUCAGCAAGGACUCCAAGAAAGUGUAUCUUGGCUCAGUGGACUCACAGACAGGGAACAGAAAGAACGACUGUCAAACUUCUCUCAAUCCUCAAUCUGAAGUGCAAUGUGGGAGUACAGGACAGCUAAAGGACUGCAUAAAUACAGCUGAGAGCAACUUGGAGCUUCCUGUUUUAGAGCUGGAAAAUUAUGUUAAUCAGAGACAGCCAGAUGAUGUUAGCAGCCAGCAAAAACCUCACUCUGUGGAGUGGUUGAAGUCGAGUCUUCUACGCGAGAACCCCCCUUGUAGCUAUGAGUCAGCACCGCUAGGUCCAAAACAAAGUCAAAAAGUGACCAAAACACAGGCUCAACAGAAAAGCUGUGCUUCAGAAGAAAAGUUAGAGCAUUUUAAAAAAGUAUCGUCUGAAGGGGCUUCUUUAAUUCCUAGCCAUACACAAAUGAGUAAGUGCGCUGAUGAUUGUUUAGGUCCAGUCCUGGAGGAGAAGACCCCACUUAAUUCCAGUUUGUUUUCUAAACAAGACGUGGCAAAGACUAAUACGUCUGAUGAGGAGUCACUAACUUUGGGAAAAAACCUCUCCCGGCCGCUUUCUGUGAGAAACAGUAUAGUACAGACAAAGAAAAAUGAGCCAAGCACAACCACUGAAGAAUUGCCUGUGAUGCCAUCAUCUUGUUUAGAACUGCAGCCUCUUUCUUUGGAGAAGCCGAUCCAAAAAAGAAGAAAUGAAAAUGAAAAUGGUCUCAGGAAGUUAAAACUGCGAAGGCUUAAGAAGUCAUGA